UGCGCUGGCAUCUGGCGCGCGACGCAUCCAACAAUCUCUGGGCUGUCACGUGACCAACGAAAGAGCUUUACUUCGAAAAUGUGCAUUUAGAGAACUCCUGCGCUUAUGGAGUCCUCCGAAUAUGCACAAGUUUGUGUAUUUUGUAACGUAGCACCUUUUAGCGAGCAGGAACAGCUUUUUUGAAACAUGCACACGCAAAAGUGUAUUGCAGCAGCUUUAAUAGUGGAAGCAGAUGUUUGGAUCUGGUUGCAGUGCUGUCUUGUCAUUUGCUGUCCUGGUACACUUUCAUCUGGAAGUAUGCGGUCCUGGCUGUAUAUGGAGCAUAACUUUGGUAAAGUAAUAUCCUGUGUCUCCUGUUGUUUCGUGACAUCCAGGAUGACUGUGAAUCUGCUAUGGCUGUGAGAAAAUCCAAAUAUUUAGAAAGGAAUAUGAGAACUUCAUAGGAAGAUAACACUGAAACCUGCACACCAUGAGAAGGGUCUAUAUAAAGGGAGAUGUGCUUUGCUCCCUGAUUCUGCUGGUGCUUCUCUUUCUGCUGUUAUAUGCACAUCAAAGAAUAACGCCUGUAUGGGGGACUUUGCACAUUGAACAGGGGUCCACCAGCUCAAGACCCCUCAUCAGUGGAGCAUCGAUGGGACAGCAAACAAAGCCGUUACCUUCAAAAUCUCCAGACAUCCCUCUUUGCAAACCUGUGGUUCAGAUAAAGCCUAAAGCACAAGGACCAUCAAAGGACAAAUCUCAAAAAUCACGUAACAAAGCAAAGUCAAAGUUUCACCAGCCCUCAACGACAGCAAGUCUGCAACCAACCCAUGCUUCCUUUGACUUUGAGGAUUACCUUCGAAAGAAAGACCAACGGGACUUCAAGCUGCUAAUCGAUCAACCAAAAAAGUGUUCUGGACCAGAAGGAGCCCCUUACAUGCUGAUCGCCAUAAAAUCACUAGCGAUGGACUUCGACAAACGCCAGGUCGUUCGACGCACAUGGGGACGAGAAGAUGCGUCCCAAAAAAAACUCAAGAGAGUUUUUCUUCUCGGUGUGCCCCAAAAUCAAACAGCGCUCCCGUUAUGGGACAAACUGUUGGGAUAUGAAAGUCGCACUUUUAACGAUAUCCUUCUGUGGGACUUUGAAGACACGUUCUUCAACUUGACGCUAAAAGAAAUCCACUUCCUACAGUGGAUCAAUGUGAGCUGUCCCAAAGUCAAAUUUAUUUUUAAGGGUGACGCAGAUGUGUAUGUGAACAUUGACAAUAUCCUGGAGAUGCUUGAGGGUCAAGAGAUCAGUAAGGACCUCUUUGUUGGCGACAUCAUCGUAAAUGCGAAACCAAUCCGCAGACGCAACAGUAAGUACUUUGUCCCAGAGUUUAUUUAUGGCCAGGGCAUUUAUCCAUCUUAUGCGGGUGGAGGUGGUUUUGUCAUGUCAGGACAUACCGCAUUGAAGCUCCACCUUGCCUGCCAAGAGGUGGAGCUCUUCCCCAUUGAUGAUGUCUUCCUAGGCAUGUGUCUUCUGAGGAUCGGCCUUCAGCCGACUCGUCACGAGGGCUUCCGCACUUUUGGAAUCGUAAGACCAUCUGCUGCACCCCACCUCCAGGUCUUCGACCCCUGCUUCUACAGAGAGCUGAUGGUGGUGCACAGCUUGACAGUCCCACAGAUCUGGCUCAUGUGGAACCUUCUUCAUGACCCUAGCCUUCAGUGUCACAGCAGUCAUGAUCCCACGGUUUUUCCUUUUCAGUGGAGCGACAAGAUUAAGACAGCUAAGAGCAAGGCAAAGGACAACGACUAUGGGAUGAAAGUGUUUGUGGAACAUUAACUCCAAAAUAAUGAAUGCACUUUGAAACAUAAAACAUCAAACAACGGCUAUGAGAAAAUUCCAUCCCUCAUUUCGAUUUAAAUCAUAGUCAUAAUUAAACUACAAUGAGCUUAGCACACCACCGUUUAACUAUUAACAAUUUAGCAGAAAUUAUUAAACUGUGGGAACAAAUUCUUAAAUUGUAGUUGUAUGUUUUAUUAAAUUGUUCCUUAAUUUUAGUAAAAUCGUGACCACAGUUAAUGAUGAAUUAGCACAACUUGGCCAUAAUAUACCUAAAAUGAAGGAGUGGGCUUUUGCAACUGUUUUUUGAUUCAUGGACACAUUAUGCAGUUUUUUCCCUGCAUAUCAUGUGCAGACUUUCAUGAUUGUUCGAGGAUGUUGGACUGCUCUUUUCUAUGCAAAAAACAUCUAACGAUCCUUAAUUAUCAUACUCAAAAAAGUGAUUUGUGAAACUUUUACGCUAUAUUCCAUGUUCUUUGAAGCAAUACAGUAGCGUGUGAGAUAUUUAAGUCUUUAUUCACUGAAAAAAACUCUUUCAAGCCAGAACUGAUGAGUAAAUGAUUAUUUUAGGGUGAAAAGGUCUAAAAGACUGUUUAAAAAAUGCACAUUUAAGACAAAAGCAAAAGUUCUGUAGAUGGUUCUUUAAAAUGUGCUUUGUAAACCAAUAGCUGUAUCAUACACUUUAACUAUUCCUCUCUUACUGUAGAAAAAUGAUAAAGAUCGUAUAGGAAGUUGUAUAGGAAUCGGACACAUUUUGUAUGCACAAAAUGGACACUAAUGUUGAUACUGAUAUUCUCAUGCAAAAAAGUACUGGGUUAUGUAUCAUAGUACAGACUAUUACUGUAUAUAUUCUUUAGAAAAACGGCACUACUCAUCAAACUGAGCAAUAUUUCUUCGAUUAAUGUGCUGUAUUGUUUCGGAUGAUCUGCUGUGUUUUGGAUUUAGAUUAAACUGAAUUUGGUAUAGCCUGCUGUGAACAUGAACAUACUACUACACUUUGAGCUUGUUUUAAAGUAAA